UCGAAAAGAAGAGACGGGUUGAUGCGUUGACCAUGGUUGACAUGAUGGUGAUACGAUCGACAAGAGUUGAAUUAGAUCGUCAGACCUAAGCCUCACACCUUUCUUGCGAACUAACUACUUGCUACCUGGUCCGCCAUUGAAUGUAACUCCUGUGUUCUAUCGCUAAAUUUACCGCCUCAUUGACGCGGCGAUUGGCUGCUGCAGAGGAAAUGCCUGAGCAGAUUCCGAGCACCGACCAGUCGGUGAAUCAGCAGGAUGAGCAAGGACAGGAUCUGCAACUGCAUGCCCAGGCAAACGGCCAAGAAGAAAAUGGUGACUCGGCAACAACCAACGACAGUAGCAAUGUCGGGUCUGCAGAAAGAGUAGGAGUUGGUCUGGACUUGUCCUUGAAUGUGACGACAGCCGCAGCGAAGUGGCAACGCAAAACCCGAAAGAGCGGUGUCCAGGAGCGCCUCAGGCAGCGCCAGUUGAACAGAAUUGAUGCAGCUCGCUUGCGUCCAGCCAAGGCCGUGUAUUCCCCGGAACGCAGCGCUUUUAGUCAGCCGACAGCCAGUGCAGACCAAGUGGCGUGCAGUCCUCCUGGAACUCCGACAAGUGACGGGAACACUUUGAACUCGGUCGAAAAAAGUCCAGAGCGUGAGGCGGCAGCUGUUAGCUCUAGCAUAAGCAAAGGCACUGCUGAGAGUCCAGUACAUGUGUCCACAAAUCACAGAGGCAACGUAGCUGACAAACGGAAUCGUUUCAUCAGACGCCAAAGCAGUGUCCAGUUUGAGAAGAUUGGUGAAAUCCCUAUGUCCUUGCCACCUGUGAAGACUACUAAUACUAGUGACACCACAGAGUCACCAGUGGAUCAGCAAGUCACAGCCAUGCCUUCUCAGGCCUCCCAGCAGCCAGCUCGGCCCGCUGGACGGGCAGUCGAUGUGACUCAGUCCACGUCGCUGAAGGCGGUUUGCGAACAAUGGCUGAGGCUGUUGCUUGAUGAGGAGGACCUGGCAAGCGAGGACAGUGUACAGCGCGCACAUAACAUGCAGAUGUGGCUUGUUGUGAACCUCAUCCCAACGAUAACAAUCUGUCUGAGCAAGGUGUUGGAAAGGGCGGAACGCCAGCACGCUCUUCGUAACGAGAAUCCACAGGCAACCUUCAGCCCCAUCAACGCGCUGGCCGAAAACCUAAUGCGUCACAAUCCUAAAUACGCGUUCGCUGAAGUCUCAUCGUAUGACCGUGCUAUGAAGUCUGUUCGCAUAGAACUGGAAGACAGGAGCAGUGACCUGAUGCGCAACGCUUUAGCCCAGGCCAGGCGUGCAGCCAAAGACAAGGCCCGUGCAGAGAAGGAAAGUAUUGACACGGAGAAGGAGGCUGCAGACUUCACAAGAUUUGUGUUGUCGGAUGCGCUUGUGGAAGGCUGGACGUGGAAAGAUUUGGAGAGUGGAAAAUCCUCCGUGAGAAUCUCAAGUGACAGUAUACUGGCCAUCAUGGAGGACUGCAUCAAUGACCCAGCCAUGCAGGAGCUGUUUGAUCACAGUGCGACUCCCGGUGAGAGCAUGUUCUCCCAGCGCUAUGACAUCCUGCCGAUAGAUGAGGAAGUCAACAGUUUCAGUGGAGAAAGCGCUAUUGAGCUCAUCAUGCUCGUCUUAAACACGAACAGCAAGGAUUUCGUAGCCAAAUUUGCACGCAAGCUGAGAGAAGAAGGUCUGCGUCUCGGAUUAGAACUUGCAUCCAUACACAAAAGUCAACUCAUGAGGCAAGCGUUUGCAGAGCUGGACACUGCCGAAGCCAUGAUGCUCAACCGACACAAGCUGCUGGUGCUCAUGGAGAACUUCUACACGAGUCUGCCCGACAGUGAUGUGGACAAGCGGCUCUUGACAUGUCCUUGCCAAUUUCCUGUUGUGGAUAUUCUCGAGCUUGCAGUCCCACCCAGUCAUCAACUUGACAGUGUACCAGAAGGUGAUAGUAUGGAAGGCAUGACAGCAAGUAAUGCUGCUAAAGCAGAUGUGACCUCACUGCAGAGCAUGUUGGUGCAGGGUCGUCCUCUAUCGAGGCUUGCCGAGAGAGGACGCCAGGUCCCAUCAAGUAUGGAUACCCUCAUUCGAAUGAGAACCGCAUCGCGCAAAGCCAUGUCAGCGCGAUAUGGAGUUGUGGCAGUAAAGCUUGCAGAGCUUCGAAGUCGCCCAACUCCUACGCCUGUGCCUCCCCUUCUGGUGAACGAACUAAGCCGUACGAGACUAGAUGAGGUGUGUGUCAGUCGAGAUCAGUUUUCAGUUAUGAUCAAAAACUUCCUAGGAGCAGCUGACAGCCGCUACCUGAACGAAUUUCUCCAGUUCCUGAAGCAAAGCUACCGGGAAACGGAAAUUGAAGAAAGUGAACGACGAGCCCUGGCACAGCACAGCAAGACGUACCGUGAAGAAGUGGGUAGCAUCGAUGAGCUUUUCGAUAUGAUUGACUAUGACCAAACCGGCGCUGUGGCAUGCAAUCAGGUCUUGACGAUGCUUGCCGGUUGGAAACACCAGAUGGCCGACCACGUAGUAGAGAGAGUGAAAGAGUUCCUUGAUGUUAGUGAGGACAUCGAUGACAUCACGCUGAAUCGUAGAGAAUUCCAGCAUCUCAUAAGAUACGUAGCACGUGACGUGGAUGAGGAGGAUGUCACCGACAUGAAGCGAGCACUUCAUGAAGCCACAGAGCUCUCAGAGGCAGAGCGAACUCGGACGGAAAAGAACCGGCUGGGGUUGGCGUCCAUCUUGUCAACUGGCUCAUGGUGCAGUUUGAAUCCGCGACCAGCGUUUGAAGCUGUCUUCCACACAGUCCAACUGAACCUGAUGAGUUUUGACAAAGAUCGGAAGGUCUCCUGUGCGGUUGCCCUCAUCGUUAAGCCGUCCGAUGGAGGUGAAAGGCGCCUGCAGUUUGUCGCCACGUCACCCGAGGAUACGUACAUGGUUGGCGAAACGAUACCAAUGCUGGAAGACAAUCCAAGUUACAAGGCAGUUGAAACCGGAAAGACGGUGCAUGUGGCUGACAUCAGACAGCAUGGCGCCAUCACCGUCUUCAAUGAAAAGAGAGCGGAGACUGUGACGGGUGCGUUCCUGGCAGUGCCCAUUCUACACGUGCAAACUCGACAGCCUGUGGGUGUUCUGACCAUGGAUAGCAUGCAAGACACUGUGGCAAAACCAUUUGCUAAUUACGAACAACGGUUUGCUGAGCGUGUAGCUGGAGCGCUAUCGCAUGUUCUCUACACGGUGGAGCGGCGUAUGUGCACGUUGAUUGUACUGCAGGAGACCAUGUGCUGGGCAUGCCGAUGCCUUCGCUCCGUCAAGUCCUGUACAUUCUACAUGGUGACGUCACCAGUCAAGAAUGCGGCUAAGCGGCAACCGUACAGUCUGAAGAAAGUGAUCACCUUCCUUGGCCUCACACCGCUGCUGGAUGAACAUUCACCAAACAUUGAGAAUAGCUCAUCUGCACUGGAAUAUCUGUUCAGCUGUGUUGACACCUCGCUACCGGUGACAAAGCAUAUUGAAGGCAAAGUACACAUCGUCUGUCCAGUGCGCGACCAGGAAGGUGCCGUCACGUCCGUUCUGGACUUUGAGCUGGAACCCGAGCGUGAUAAUCUGCUCCCAGUCGAGCAGGAGAAGCUGUCCAGCCUGCUGCAAAGGAUGACCAUUGCCCAGAACGACAUCGGCGGACCGUUCACAAGCCUGGUGGAAUGCUGGGAGAAGAGAGAGUCGAUCCUACAGACCAAGGUCGAUUCGGAAUACGAAUCCUCGAGUUGUUUCGUGGACGAUCUGAGUGCCAGAAUUGCCUUCACAGCGACCUUGCUUGCCGAUGUACAACAUGCCUUGAAGAAGCUCAGCAAAUCUGAUAUCCACGAGUUCAAGACGUACCGAACCCCUCCCGGUGGCAUUCAGCUUAUCUUCUGCCUUGUGAAGUCCAUGCUAUCACUGGCUGCAGCAGGACAGCCAAAAAUCUACUCCAACUGGGCUGAAUGCCAGCAGGCCAUGGUGCAUGACGAUCUGAGGGAGCAGAUGUUAUCGUUUGAUCCCCUGAACAUGAUUGCAAGCAGGGAAAUGCUGGAUGAGCUGGAUGACAUGCUUCUAUCCGUGAGAAUCGACCCAGCGGAGUUGGCGGCACCGAUCGGCUGGGUGCACGAGUGGUGCGUGGCGUGCCUGGCACUGCUGCAGUGUAACCGUCGCCUGACCGCCGUGCAUCAAGGACUCGACGAUCUGCAGUCUGUGCCGACCAGACUGGCUGGACGACUGUGAGCAGGCAUCGCAUCACGUUGAUCAUGUGUUGGUAAAGUGUGGCUUGAUAGCAUUUCUUGACUUCGUUAUGAGGAGAACAGUUGAAUGUAAAUUGUUAAUCCCGUUGGCGGUAUUGACUACAGUCCGGGCCUCUCAAUGGUUUGGCAGCUUGAACAUUUCUUGUGAACAUUUGUUGUAUUCUUGAAGAUAUGGAACUUCACACAUAGGUAUCAAGUCUCUUCUUUUUAGGGUUACAAACCAGAAAAUUCGGCUUCGAAAUGCUUGAUUCUCCUUUAUUAUUUUAUAUUCAGGACAUUGCCUCCGGACAUUUCAUUGUACUUUGAAGUAGUACCUGGUAUUCUUGCAGGUCUUGGUUGAACAAAACACUUUUCAUCCAACCCGCUAAUAUCUGCGACACCACUCUGUGAUUUGCUGCCCAUUGUGCUAAUGGAUUAAUUGUUCAUAUUGAAGAAAAUAAUGUUUGGGUUGUGA